ACAAGCGACAUUCCAGUCCAUCGCAGAUUUCAAUUUCGGCGAAGUCGGGUGGAGCCUCUGAGGCGGUGGGGAGGCGAAGGUUUUUUCCAGCAUUUAUUAUAGACAUUUUAUACUUUCAUCGGAAUUACCGUUAGAAGCUCAACCACCCGCUAAGAUGACGACGACCACUACGUUCCAAGGAAUGGACCCAAGCGCAAAAAAUAGCUCCAGGGUGCUACGACCCCCUGGCGGCGUUUCCAGUAUAUCCUUCGGCACGGAUGAGGAGAAACCCCCAGCGAGAAAGAACAGGAUGGCGUCCAACAUCUUUGCCGAACCCGAUGACCCGCACGCUCAUCGGCGGAACAACCCACCUGGGGGGGAAGCCAGUGGCGUUCUGUGCGGUGAGCCCUCUGCCCCCCUGAGAAGAUGCCACGUUCAGCCUCCUUGGAAGAAUUCGGUGUUGGAAGAGGGUCCAGGAAACCAAGCAAAGGAUUGGAACGAAGAGCACGCGGAACAUGUAGAGAAUGCGGAGGAGGAGGAGCAGGAGCAGGAGGAGGAGGAGGAGGAGGAGGAAGAGACGGCUGUGGAACAAGAGGAGCAGCCUCCGCAGCCGUCACGAUCCACAGUACCCGCCCCUGCCGGAGCCCCUGCCGCCCGGAAAUACCCCCCAGGAGGAAAGUCCAGUCUGAUCCUGGGUUGAGUUUGCUUUCUUCUCUUUUUUUCCCCCCGUCUUUUUUUUUUUUUUUUUUUUUUUGUCUUGCACCCUCUCUCCCCUUUUUUUAAGAGAAUCUUCAUGCUAUUUACAUCUUGUAUGAGCCAUGGAGUUUGCUCCUUUUUCUGCCCCCUUUCUAAAACAUUGACCAAAGCACUUUAUGUAUCCACUUUGAGUUCAGCCCAUCCUGUAGUGCAUCUCGCCUGCUGGAAAAGGCAUGAAGUUCUGCUUGUCUGUUCCCUAAUGUAAAUGGUAAAAAAAAGAAAAAAAGAAAAAGAUCUGAUG